AUGGAAGAACUGAACGGAAUUGUGGAAGAACUGAACGGAAUUGUGGAAGAACUGAACGGAAUCGCGCUGCAGAAGGACCGAACAUGGCUCCACGUCACCCAAGUUUCCCCUCCCUACCAAGCCCGGCCGCACCAGGAGCGCUGGAAUUGCAAGGAGUCCAUCAGACUCACCGGGAAGGCCUUCCACCACGACCGGCAGGGCCAGCUGUGCCAGCCGCUGCCCUGGACGCAGCACUCGCCCCGCGUGCAGCUGCAGAAGAACCUGCGCUACGACCUCUACCAGAAGAAAGACUACCUGCGCGACUGCGUGGUGGCCGACGGCGCCGGCUACCGCGGCACGCGCGCCCGCACCGAGAAGGGGCUGGCCUGCCAGCACUGGCGCGCCACGACGCCGCACGACCACAGGUUCCUGCCGUCGCCGCGCAACGGGCUGGAGGAGAACUACUGCCGCAACCCCGACGGCGACAAGCGGGGCCCGUGGUGCUACACGCUGGAGCCGGCCGUGCGCCACCAGAGCUGCGGCAUCAAGAAGUGCGAGGACGCCGUGUGCGUGAGCUGCAACGGGGAGGAUUACCGCGGCGCCGUGGACCGCACCGAGUCGGGCGCCGAGUGCCAGCGCUGGGACCUGCAGCACCCGCACCAGCACCCCUUCCACCCGGACAAGUACCCCGAGAAGGGCCUGGACGACAACUACUGCCGCAACCCCGACGGCUCGGAGCGGCCCUGGUGCUACACCACGGACCCGGCGCGCGAGCGCGAGUUCUGCCGCAUCCGCGUGUGCAAGAAGCGCCCGCGGCCCGGCAACGUCACCAGCGGCUGCUUCCGAGGGAAGGGCGAGGGCUACCGGGGCCGCGUGAACGUCACCGCCUCGGGCAUCCCCUGCCAGCGCUGGGACGCCCAGGCGCCCCACAAGCACCACUUCGUGCCCGACAAGUACCCGUGCAAGGACCUGCAGGAGAACUACUGCCGCAACCCGGACGGCUCGGAGGCGCCGUGGUGCUUCACCACGCGGCCCUCGCUGCGCGUGGCCUUCUGCUUCCAGAUCCCGCGCUGCGCCGACGAGCUGGGCGCCCAGGACUGCUACGAGGGCCACGGCGAGCGCUACCACGGGCGCGUGAGCAAGACGCGCAAGGGCAUCACGUGCCAGCAGUGGUCGGCGCGGGAGCCCCACCCCGCAGACGCCGCGGCCUUCGAGCGCUGCGGCCGGCGCGACGAGCGGCUGCAGCGCAAGGGCCGCGUCGUGGGCGGCCAGCCGGGCAACUCGCCCUGGACCGUCAGCGUCCGCAACCGCGCCGGCGUGCACUUCUGCGGCGGCUCCCUGGUGCACGAGCAGUGGGUCAUCAGCAGCCAGCAGUGCUUCUCCUCCUGCGGCGCCGACCUGACGGGCUACGAGGUCCAGCUGGGGACCCUCUUCAAGGACCCGGGCCCCGAGGACCCCGACAAACAGGCCAUCCCCAUCGUGCGCAUCGUGUGCGGCCCCUCCGACUCGCACCUGGUGCUGCUGAAGCUGGCGAGGCCGGCCGUGCUCAACAAGCGGGUGGCGCUGAUCUGCUUGCCGCCCGAGCGCUACGUGGUGCCCGCGCAGACCGUGUGCGAGAUCGCCGGCUGGGGGGAGACCGGAGGCACCGCGGACGCCUCGGUGCUCAACGUGGCGCGGCUGCCGGUGAUGUCGGGCGCGGAGUGCGCGGCGGCGCUGCGCGGGCGCCUCAAGGACACCGAGCUGUGCACCGCGCCGCUGCGCGCCGGCGUGGGCGCCUGCGAGGGGGACUACGGGGGGCCCCUGGCCUGCCUCACCCACGACUGCUGGGUGCUGGAGGGGGUGAUCACGCCGUCCCGCGUGUGCGCCCGCACCAACCAGCCUGCCCUCUUCAUCCGCGUCUCGCUCUACGUCGACUGGAUCCACAAGGUCAUGAAGAUGGUCUGAGCCGGCCGGGCCC